UUUCGAAAGUCUACACUUAGGACUUCCUAUAAAAUAGAAAGGAUAUUACUUUGGGUAUUCAGUUCUUUUAAACACUUUGAAAUAUGCGUUUCUGCUUCAUAUUUAUUUCGCUAACUCUGUUGAGUCUCGUUAGUGGCUUUCCCUCGGAACUGGAAAAUAAUUGCGAACUCUUGGAACAUGUUGAUACAGACGAUUCAUGGUUAAAUAUAUUCAACAAUAUCAGGAAAUCUUUGGAAGACGCCAUCAGUCGUGCAUCAUAUUCUGAAAAAUGUGCCUCUCAAGUGGAAUUUCUUCAAAGCUGUCUAGAUCGCGCCAAGACAAUUUCUUCAACAAAAGAACAAAUGCAGUACGUCCUUGAAUUUAUUGAAUACCAAGAAAUGCAUGCCAAAAGGGAACCAACACGUACUCACACUUAUUUGGGGAAAAAUAUGAUUCAUUUAUUUAAGAGAACCCUAGAUAAACUUACACACUUAAGCAGAAAACUUAUAAAUGUUUCCGAAAAACUGGAUGAUAGAUUCAGCAAAACAAUUUUUAGAAGUAGACAAUAUCUUUUUGGACAUGAAACAUAAGGUUUUUAUAUGAGAAGAUUAUAGACUAACAACUUGAUCAAUAAAAAAAAAUUGUUUAUUAA